AUGAUUGACCUCCAGAGAAGAGUCGCCAUUAUCGGCGCAGGUGUUGGCGGGUUGUCCCAAGCUAUUGCUCUCAAAACUAAGCUCGGAUUUCAUGAUUUUACAAUAUACGAGAAAGGGUCUGAAGUUGGUGGGGUGUGGAGGGCCAACACAUAUCCUGGAUGCUCGUCGGAUGUCCAAAUUCAUUGGUACAGCUUAUCAUCAGACCUUUACCCAUACUGGAACAAGUCGCAUGGCCUUCAACCGGAGAUUCAAGCCUACUGGAUCGACCUCUCGAAGAAAUAUAAUCUAUAUCCACACAUCGCGUUCAACACAAAAGUGCUAUCUGCCGAGUGGGAUGAUGCCAAACAACAAUACAUCAUCGUCGCAGAAGACGUCCUUUCAGGCAAGAGAAUAUCGAGCGUGGCCCAUGUCGUGAUAUCUGCCGUUGGUAACUUGGAGGCCCCAAGGAUUCCAUACGAGAUCCCUGGAAUUCGGAAGUUUCAAGGGAUUUCGUUUCAUUCCGCACAGUGGCCAGGCUCGAUAGAUCUGCGGGAUAAGCGCGUUGCAGUGAUUGGAAAUGCAUCCUCCGGAGCACAGUUCGUGCCAUCUGUAUCUGAAGACCCGUCUGUCGAAGUAGUUAACUUCAUCCGCACCCCGACCUGGUUCAACAAUCGACCACAUAUUCCGUACUCGGACACCGAGAAAUGGAUAUUUGCCAACAUCCCUCUGGCAAUGCGACUGCACCGAGCUUGGAUCAUGUUCUGGUUUGAUUUUCCCUCUCUCGUACGCCUGAGUGACAAAACUCUCAAGAAACGACGCGAGGCGAUGACGAAAUACAUCCUCGAUAAGGCACCGAGUAGAUACCAUGAUCGUAUGAUACCCGAUUAUCCUCCAGGCUGCAAGCGGACCGUCGCAAACAACGGUUUCCUGGAUGUUCUCCAUCGGCCUAAUUUGACACUGAACUUCGACGGAAUUGACAACAUAGCGGAGAAUGGCAUCAUCACAAAAACUGGUGAAAUGUUGCCAUUCGAUGUCAUCGUAUACGCGACUGGGUUUAUCGGCAAACAGGACCGAUACCCAAUGCACGUUCGAGGCUCGAACGAAGCUACUAUCCAAGGGUAUUAUGAUGCUCAUGGUGGCCCUACCGCAUAUCUCGGGACUUCAGUCCCUGACAUACCAAACUUUUACUUGCUAGCCGGACCAAACACCGUCACACCAACAUCAUCGUUAUUCGUGGAAGAAGUUCAAAUUGGAUAUAUAUUUCAACUCAUAGAGCCGGUCCUCAGCGGUUCUGUUUCAUCUUUCACUGUCAAAGCUUCACCCACAGAUGCAUAUAAUGCCAAGGUUCAAGGACGUCUAUCCCGUUCUGUGUUCGUGCAAUGCUACUCCUGGGCGCGUACGAACGGCACAGGAAAGGUAUUUAAUGUGUUCCCUUGGGCUGUAACGCUUUGGUGGUGGUGGCUUCGUAAACCAAAUUGGGAUCAUUAUGUGGCAGUCGGCGCUGAGAAAUGGGUAUGGGCAAGGCGAAGAAAGGCUGUGAAGAAUAGUCUGAAAUGCACUGCAGUCUUGACGCUAUUGUGGCCAUAUAUCAGCGGCUCUGUUCAGACGACAUGGUGGGAGCGACUAUCUGUGGCUUGCGACUACUUGAGCAAGUUUAGCCUGCGUCUUUGA